AAGUACUUGAGCGUGAGUAAGCGCAUGGAACUGUCCAAGGCGCUGAACUUGACCGAAGUGCAGAUAAAGACGUGGUUCCAAAACAGGCGGACCAAAUGGAAGAAACAGCUGGCGUCCAAGCUGAAGAUUGCGCACCGGCACGGUUAUUUUCAACCGGUGCAGCACUACGCUUCGCUGUUCGCGCCGCAUUGUUACUUUCCGGCGGCGGCUGCGUCUAUUGCAAGCUCCUCUCCGUCCGGUCCGGCGGCUGGAGUUCAAAACUUUGGUUGCGGUUUACCGCCACAAACGACUUCGGCGGGACGUGAGUCAGCGGAACACGAGGUGAUUGUCGCGGAACGUCAAGUCGUCGCUAACAAAACGGAACGCCAACACCAUCACCACCAGCAUCACCACCAGAGAUAAAAUUUUUUAUUUGCUGAAGAAUGUUAUCAGAAAUUAAGAUGCAAACAUUGAAAUUACCUUCAUGCUACUAUAGGCUACGCUAUUAACUACUUACCUCCAGAUGUUCGGAGG